GAACUAACAAGAUGGCACGGGAAUUAAUUCGGGUGUCUGCAUGGGUUCUUUGGCUCCUGCUAAAUUUGCAAGUGACCUAGGCGUACGAGAUCUUCGACAGUGUCAUCAACGCCCGUAGAAGGGAAGUGCUCAAGAUGAAAGCUGCGCAUUGGAAACCGUUCCUGCAGCGCCUCGACUACAGCCUUCACCAAAACCUCGAAGUCAAUGCCACUUGCCUCGAAAACAUGCGGCUGUUUGUCGAUUUCAUGAUGCUGCAAAAUGAUGCCGGACUAGAGCUGCUUGACUCUCUCGGAUCCUUGCCCAGUGGAAUACUGCGAGGGUCGUUGACGGAUGAAGGAUCGUACGAAGGGUGCUUUUCAGCAAACGUCACGGGCAAAAAUGGACACUUCGUUGCGAGGAAGUUCUGCGACGUCGUUGUGUAUCAUCGAGAAGAAAUUCCCCAUUUCCCAGAAGUUCUUCAUAACCAGCAAAGAGAAGCAACAAUGUUCGCCUUCAUGCAGUCGUUGGUUAAAAUAGGCGUAUGCAUUCCGUCUUCGUGCACUGGUGAAGAUUUCGCAGUCAUAGUGAACAAUGCUCUUUCACAGUGGAACCUCGCCAGUGUCGUUGCAAUCUGUGACGACAACGAACGACCGGAGAAGACGCCUGUGCUAAUUAUCCUCGUUCUUGGAAUAUUUGGGGCCACGGUCGCUCUGGCCACACUUCUGGAUGUGCUCAGUCCAGUGAAGCCCACCGCCCAGGACCAUCAGCGGGUUGUUGCAAACACAGGUGAGGAUUCAAGUGCGUUAUCAAUUAGGCGCGAGAUAAACAAGCGCGACUAG